AUGAAAGUGUUGUCAGUAUUAGUCCUGGUGGGCUUCCUAUGUGUUGGGACUCACUGCGCUCCUACACUCCAGAAGACCCCACUUCCUAUCAUAUUCCCAGGAGAGAUCCGUAACAACAUAAGUGACCUACAACUAGCUGAGGUGAGUCCCAUCUUUCUGUAACUGACCUCUAUCUCUUUGUCCUCUAUCUCUUUGUCCUUAAUCUCUGUUUUCCCACAAUUUCUGCUGUUUUGUGGCUAUUUUGACCCUAUAUUUGUCCCUCACUUUCUAGAUCCAAAUGUAUUUGUGAACUCCAGGCCCACUCUACCCUUUUCAUGUUUAUCUUUGCUAAUAACAUUGAAAACAUUCCAUUUACUAUACUGUGACUGUCUAAAAAGCGCAGAAUUAACCUUUCCAGCCCCCGAGAGAUAUGCUUAGCAAUGUAACGGAUUAAAGCUCUUUAUCCACAUAUCUAUAUAAUAACUUUUACCUUCUCCACUGGAAAGUUGUGGCAUGCAUUCACUGGAUUCCUCUGAAAGCAUUUCUUCACUGCAGAUUUAUAACAUGUAGUCUGUAUGUGAAAAAUGUUAACUAAAUUCCUUGGUAAAUCCACCUUACCUCUCCCAAGCCAUGUCGUGACUUGUCUUGCCUUGGUGCAAGCCAGAUGUAAUGAUCCCUUGCGUUACCUGCCAAGCUUAUCCCCGAUUAAGCAGUGAUUGAUAUGCCUCUGUUACAUGUGCAUUUGAUUUUCCAGCUAUUGGUGAACGCUGUCUCUCUCUCUGACCUCAUUUAACACUUCCCGACUUACCCAUCGUACACCUUUAUAACACACGAAUGCUUCCUUUAUAGAACUACCUGCAAAGGUACGGAUACCUGGGCUUGGAGCAGGGGUCUGAGAGCCAUGUCUCCCUGCGGAAAGCCCUUAGCCACAUGCAACGUAAACUGGGACUGCAAGAGACAGGAGAUCUUGAUCAAGAAACAAUGGCUGCCAUGCGAGCCCCUCGUUGUGGAGUGCCAGACAUAGGCCAGUUCAACACAUUUGAGGGAGAAUUAAAGUGGGAUCACCAUGACAUCACGUACCGGUAAGUGUUUAUAUUGAACAUUUGAAGCCCUCCUUUAAUAUCUCAUAAUAUCUCAUCAGUUUAUGUGCAUGUGUGUGUGUAUAUAUCUAUAUAUAUUUUUACAUAAUAUGACCACUAUUAUAACAGGCUGGCCAGGCUAGAAUCCCGUAUUACACAGAGGGUGAAAAUUUUUUUUCCUGUAAUAAUAAGGUGAAAAUGCACAGGUCUUCUCUACGCAGUCAGGGACUUGAGUCUUGGACAUAUCACUUGCACAGGUCUUCUCUACGCAGUCAGGGACUUGAGUCUUGGACAUAUCACUUCUGAGUAUCAUCUACCACCAUUUUAAUGACGGAAGCUAAAAUGGCUACUGCCUGGGACAGUAACUACUGCUAAGCUCAUGAACCCCUACACUACUUUAACAAUUAUAAUAAGCCUAACCUACAAACACAGCAGCAAAGCGUGUUUUAGGGAAAAAUAAUGCCACAUCUUAGGUCUCAUGCUCUCAAUGGCAUUUUUCCACGGUACACAGUUCACUAUUAAGUAUCCUCUCCCCUCUCUCUGUCAUAUAUAUAUAUAUAUAUAUUUGCGUGUGUGUGUGUACCACUGCCCUAUUCUUAUAUUGACGUUUGCCCUCUGACCUGGAAAGAGUGAUUUAAUAUAUGUGACAGAGAAAUCUCAAUAUUGAUUGUUAUUAUUAUAAUGCAAAUAAACCCUGUACGUGAUGAGACUCGUAAUAUAAGACCAUCAUGUUUGUGAGAUGUGAACAGAUCUCGUCUACAAUCUGCUUAUAAUUGAGACCAACGUCCAAUGUGUGCCUCACGUUGCCCUUCGUAGCCUCAUGUACGUUUCGUGUCUCACCCAGUGUUCUGAACUACUCCCCUGAUUUGGACCCUGAAAUCAUAGACGAUGCCUUUGCUCGCGCCUUCAACGUCUGGAGCGAAGUGACCCCCCUUACAUUUACACGUAUAUACGAUGAUGUGCCUGACAUUGACAUCCUAUUCGGAUCUGAGAGUAAGUAGAAGUAGCAAUAAAGUAAUUAUAACAAGUGACAUCACAGAAUGAUGUCAGAAAUGUCCUUACAUUAUUUUCCUUUAAGUAGCAAUGCAAUUGUAAUUCUAGCUUGAUGUUAGAAUUUGGAUGUGAACCUGUUACCUACAGGAUAUCAUAUCAUCAACAUUAAACACAUUUUCUAACUGCCUCAUUCUAGGGAGCAAAGAAGGAAAGGCAGUAGCAACAUUCUAGUUUUAAUAAUAAUUUAAUAAAAUUUGAAUGAAUCACAAAAAAAACAAGUAAGGGUCUUACAUUAAUUAUGUAAUCAAUAUUAACUUGGAAUGGAUCAAUAUUCUUAUAAUUUAUGUAUUAACACACCUUUAUACAUUUUGUGUGUGUGCGUGCAUGCGUGAGCGCAAGCGUGCUCAUGGGCACUGUUUUAACUAGGAAAUUAAAUUUUUAACUUUAGUCUGGGAGAAAAAAAAAACACUUUAGUUCAGCAAACUGAAGAUUUAUGAUAUAUAUUGUAAUUUUACAAAUCACUACUAUUUUCUGUUUAGUGACUAAGUGCGUAUAUGCACAUUUACCUGUAUUAAUAAUGUAUAAGCCUUGUUACUUCAGCCGUUGAGACCUACAAUUUCCAUAAUCUAGAUUGUGCAUCAUGUCAAAUGUUCUCUAAUUAAAUACUGUCCCAGAGGUUAGCUGUGACCGACCUGUAUCAUAUAUCAAUGCUGUGACAGAUUGUGCAAAGUCGAAAGUCACAUUUUUAUUCGUCCUUACUUAAACAGAUCAUGGAGACCCUUACCCAUUUGACGGCAAGGACGGCCUCUUGGCUCACGCAUACCCACCUGGUAGUGGCGUGCAAGGGGAUGCUCACUUUGAUGAUGACGAGUUCUGGACUCUUGGCACCGGAGUGGGUGAGUAUCAGACCUUUAAAGUCUAUAAAAAUAACUAAAUAAAUAAAUAAAAGGAAGGGGGAAAAAAAAAAACCUCUUAGAAAUCAGACUGAAACUCAAAAACGAGCUUCUUUUCAUAUCUGUUAAAUAAUAUUUUGAUAUGGUUUUAUAUUAUUUAUAACUGGCACUGCACGUAACACUGUGCACAUUUUUGUUGUUACAUAAGAGUUUAUAAUUACACUUUUGAUGCCUGGAGCUCUAAGGAACAAAGACUGGCGUAACAUCAAAGGGAGGAAGACAUGUCACAGAGCGUUAACCAACAGAGAUUAUCCCUUUCUAUACAUAACUGUAAUCUGCCUCUCUCACGAGGAGCUAAGUAACAAUUGUCGCCCAUCCAAUAUUCAUUAGAAAACGUCCGUUUCUUGCUAAGAUGUAUCUGUUUAAAAAUGAUCUUUCUCUUUCAAACUGUAAAAUGAAAGAGCAGCCCGAGACCUUAUUAUUUGCAGUUAAAAAGAAUGUACAUCGACCUCUCACUUGAAUUUCUGCAUAAAACCCCCCUUUCUAUACGUCAAACAAAGCAGGUUUAAACAGGAUCCCAUCAGGGUGUCACAAGCUUUUUUUUUUUUUUUAAAAGGACAACUGUAACCUCAAUAUAUAUUUUCAUAUAAUGAUACUCUCAUCAAGUUUUGAAAGGAAAUAGACUCAGUGUUAAAUGAUGUAAAAAAUGAGAAAGUCAUCCCUACCUUUAGUAUAUCUUUCAGCCGUAUACAUAUACCUUAGCUCAGACAAUCUUUGAAAAACUCUAUAUAGUCUGUAUGGUCUCCCCUGCUUUGCAUCCUGCACAGUGCAGUGACAUCAGACCAGAUAAUUGUCAAAUUCAACACCGUCUGACCCAAGACGCCUUUAUAUGGCUGAAUGAUCCUGUCAUAUGAUAAAGGUAGGGAUGAGUUUUUCCCAUUUUUUAAAAUUUAUUUUUUACAUAUACUUCAUUUAACAAAGAAUCAAUUUCCUUUCAAAACUUGAUAAUAAAAUAUAGUGUUGAGGUGACAUUUCUCCUUUAAGAGCAAUAGAGACGUUUUUUACCGGGGUGUUCAUGUAUAGCGGCACAUGGGUAAUAUCAGGUUUCAGGAAUACAAAAUCGUUUCUUCUUCAUUCUUUAGCCACGUAAAUGUGACCUCUCUCUUAAACACGCCACAGUUAUUUUAGGAGAGGUCCCUUCGAUUCCAUUAACGCUUUCUCAUAUGAUGUGUAAGAUUGGCCCCUUGAUACAAUAUUUACAUGUCUGAGUCAUCUCACAUAGACUGCGGGCAGAAAGAAAUCUUUUUUUUUUUUAUUUCUUUAAAACAUCAUUCCCUUUAAUAUGCAUAUUUAAAAGUGGGGCUUUGUUAUGUUAUGUAAGGGCAUGUGAGAUGGGUCUCUCCUGAGAUACUGAUUUAUGUAGAUGGUCUUUCUUUGACUGUAGAGUAGAAUAUGCAUACUCUCUAUUACAUAUUCAUGUGUGCAUUGUUUUAAAAAAAAAAAAUCUUUUUUUUUUUUUUUUUACCAGUUCUAUCAAUUGACGAGAAAGCAUCUCUGGAUGCCCUUGAUUUAUAUUUUGAUUGACUAGAACUUUUCAACCAAAAUUAUUCUUUGUUACAUGGCUCAUUAUUGUCUUCUUAGUCUGAUGCUAGAUUGUCCUUGGUUUAACUCAUCCCCCCACCCUGUAUACAUUUAUGAUUUCACAGUUAACAGACUCGAUAAAAUAAAAUAUUGCCCACAGAUAUAUUAAAACGAUAUUUAAAUUUAUACAAAGAAAACACAACUCCAAGUGGUUAAAUUUGAUUAAUGUCUCUUACACACUAUGGUAAAGGGCAAAGUCUUACUUGCAACCAUAUGGCUUGAGAUGAAUUCUCAUCGUAUUAGAAAUUCUUUCAUCUUUGACCAGACAGAAAGACUGUGACCUCCAGCUAUAGGUGAACUUUGUAUUUUAAAAUGUAAAUUCCUUCUGUCACCUUCACGAGAAAACUGAAAAAGAUUACAUAAAAAACUAACAAACUCCAAGGGAAGAGGUAAAAAAAUAAAUAAAAAAAAAUAAUGGGCAAGACUGCAUUUACGCAGGGGUGAGAGGGGCUUCCACCCAUAUCAGGAUUAACAAUAAGGUGACCUUAGGCGACCGACUAGGGUGCACGAGUUAGACAGGAGCCCUGGAAACAUGAAUUUGCUGGGCACCACCAACCAACCAAGUGAAGAAUGAAAAUGGGCCCCUUUGUAUUGUAAUUCUUCUCUGCUUCCAAUCCAGGGUCCACAGUGUUUAGGGCAGAUUUCAAUCGACUUCACAUACAGCAAUACAGUUCCUCAAGACACAGAGAUCUGUGCAACUUCAAUGAUGUGUAUUUCAUGGUACACACACUAUGUGUGCAUUUCCCUGGUGUACACACUAUUUCUGAUAGCUAUGAUGUUGCCCUGAAACAUUCCUGAAUGAUGCUGGGAGUACCAAGGGAGCAAUACUAUAUUUGUAAUACAGUCAGUCUCUUACAUGACUUUCUUCUUUAUUUUCAGUUGUGAAAACACACUUUGGAAAUGCAAAUGGAGCUCUGUGCCACUUUCCAUUCAUAUUCGAAGGCAAAUCAUACUCAACUUGUACAGCAGUUGGACGAUCUGAUGGACUUCCUUGGUGCAGCACAACCGCCAACUACGAUGAAGACCGCAAAUAUGGCUUCUGUCCGAGCGAAUGUAAGUACCUGAAUAACAGUUUGAAAUCUAAGGUAACAAUGGUAACUAGACACCAAAAUUAUGUUUUUUUUAAAAAAAAAAGGAAAAUCAUAAAUAAACCAACACAGGACACAAAAAUCCUUAUGGGUGUAAACAGAAACUUUAGAAAAUGUUAGGGUAAUACAGAGAGAGUUGGGUUGCCACCUACUGGUGUAUAAACAAAAGACUGGUAACAAUGUAACCUAGAGCUAAUCAUAUUCUUGCACAAAUAAUUACGGACAUGUUUUUCCAAACAAAAUUCAGAUAAACAUUUAAACAUAUUCUGAAAAUUUAAUUAUAUUUACGUAAAAAGGGCUUGAAGGAGUCUUUUCGGCUUCAUUUAAUAUACUACGAAAUAAGCAGAGGUGACAAUGAACUUUUAGGUCAAAAUUUGCUAUUUUCAUUACUUUGGUCUUAAUUUACUUUGUCCACUUUCAGUUUAGUGUAUAUAUGUUUGAAUACAUCCUCAUGGAUAUCAGUAGGCAGAAAUAUGCUUUACUAUUUAUAGUACUACAUGAGUGGUUUAUUAAGUUUUCCUUCAGUUAGUAUUGUGUAAACUAAAAUAAACUUAGGCCCCAAUUUAAUAUCGUUAGAUACGUUUUCCAAAAUAUUUCAUAUUUUUUGAUAACUUUUUAAAAUAAUUUAAUAUUAUGAAAAAUGUUUACAUUUUUUAUAUAUGUUAUGUUCUGAUAUUUCAAUGCAUUGUAACAGUCCUUUGAAACAUUAAUCCAAAAAUAUUACGAUAAUGUGAUUUAUUACAUGGAUAUUGUUCUUUGGUAUUUCUACAGUGCUUUUUACAUAUGGAGGGAACAGUAAUGGAGAGCCCUGUGUCUUCCCCUAUAUCUUCGAUGGAGAAUCCUAUUCUAGUUGUACCAAGGAAGGUCGUUCUGAUGGGUAUCGCUGGUGCGGUACCACUGCCAACUAUGACACAGAUAAGAAAUAUGGUUUCUGCCCCAACAGAGGUAAUUCAUUCCCUAGCAUUCUAUAGAAUUUCUCCUCCAUGAUGUUGGGUUAAAACAGGUAGCCAAUAUGUAUAGCUAUCAGUAGAUGAAUAUAUAAUAAUGUGUGUCAUAAGACUAUGCCAUAACAUAGAAAAAGGCUAGUGAUGAUACCACUUUAUAUAAUAGUGUUGAGUGUCACACUGAAAUGGGACCAGAUUUACAAUGACUGUAUUAAAAAAGGCAGAUGGCCGACUUGGGGAUUUUAUGGAUACAAAUGUCAAAAGACUAUUGAUUGUGGCAGUACUUAACAGAUGUCUUCUCUUUCAGACACUGCUGUGAUUGGUGGAAACGCUCAGGGAGAUCCUUGUUUCUUCCCAUUUUCAUUUCAAGGAAAAACGUAUAAUUCAUGCACAAGUGAUGGUCGGGGGGACAGGAAGUUAUGGUGUGCAACCACCUCUAGCUACGACCAAGAUAGAAAAUGGGGCUUCUGCCCAGAUAAAGGUUUGUAACCACCACUUUGAUAUGCCUUAUCUCCAGAACAUUUAUCUCAUCCCCAGAACUCACUCCAUCACCCAUUAACUCUCUCUACAUCUGGAAGAAAGUACCAUUUUGAAGCCACGCCAAAACAUACUGUCCAGUUUCUCUUAAAUAUUCAAAUGAAUACAAUGAGAGCACUAUAUUGUGUGUGGGGGGCCUUUAGUACAUUGGUGGGUUAUCAUUGAAAAUCCCCAGCUUAAAAAUUCUCCACAUCUCGUGGUGACUUUUUGAAUAUCACCUCCUGUGUUAAUGAGAGUAUGAUUCCACAUGUCCACCUGAUGGAUCUAGUUUAUAAGUACAUGUCCUCCACCUACAAUAUAUAAUAUAUCUGUGCUUUAUCUAUUUUUGAUACCAAUCUCUUUCCUACAGGGUAUAGUCUGUUCCUGGUAGCUGCUCAUGAGUUUGGCCAUGCUCUGGGAUUGGAGCAUAGUGAUGUCCAAGAUGCUUUAAUGUACCCGAUGUACAGCUAUGUGAGUGAUUUCCAACUUCAUUCUGACGAUGUGAAGGGAAUUCAGUAUCUGUACGGUAAGUAGCAGUGAUACGGUGUAAACAGUAUAUUUUGACACACAAAUAUACAUAAUAGGACAGAGUAAAUUGAAGCCACCAAGCUAAUCAUCUAACAUCAUCUGUAUAGUACACAAUGUGGUACCAUAUCAACAUAAGAAGAUUCCUGACUGUAUCAUUCUUUUAAAACUAAUCUGUAGAAUUACCUCUGAAAGGUCAGUUUUCUGUUUUAUUAACAGUAAGUCACAAUAGUAACAUUCAUUAUAUUCUCAAUAUGCUCCAUGUGUCUGCAACCGUAAGUCUGAAAUUAAAGACAAACACAGCAAAACUGAAAUAACAUUUGAAUAUCAAGCUGCGUAAGUGCCGUGUCACCGCUACAUGGACUUACAUAUUGAAUAAUCCUUAAAAAUGUAUUAUUCUAGUAUCAGCACUGAGCCAGCGGCACACAUUUUAGGCUCACAUAGUUCGGCUGGAAAAUGGAAGCAGACUACUAUAAAAAUUGCAUGUCCCUAUUUAAGGAAAGUAUUGAGUAGAAAACGUUUGUCAUAUUUAUAUGAUUUGUGGCAAAGAUGAGAUAUCUUUCAAAAAUAAGGUUUCUGAUUCGAAGACACCUUUGACAAGCACUAUUAUUGUAUAUUCUAUGGCUUGGACUUGCCAUAUUUACAAAUUAGCAUCCUGAAGCUCACAUGCAGAUACCAGCGCUCAAACCAUGUGUUUCUUUCCAUUUUUGUCCAUUCUAUUUAUUUUUAGAGAUGGAAAAUCCCACUUUUUUCCAUAACCACUUCCUUAAUAUCAACAUAAGAAGAGGAAGGAAUGCAUGACCUUCCCAUAUAAUAAAUUCACAAAGUCAAAUGAGAAUCACUAUUAACCUCAACUUAGACUUAAAGUGAACAAUAUGUACUUGCAAAUAGGCCAACAACUUUAUAGAGCCACAGAAGACCUUUAAGAAGCAUGGGCACAAGUUUUGUUCCCUUUUAAGAGUAUAAAGCAAAAUUGUUUCUACCAUGAAAAGGAACCAAAAAUGUCCAGAUAUUACAAAACAGUCAUUAAAAGAGGGGUAUUCUGGGAUAUAUCCAACAUCCUUCACCUUUUGUGUAUGUUCAGUGCCCAAGUCCCCAGGGCAGGUGCCAUCAUGCAAAUUUGUUGUGUGCAUAACAACAACUGUAGAUGUCAAGACGUCUCCAGAUUACAAUAACAAAACUGUGGAUUUCAAUGACCAAACAAACAAAACCUGGUUCUAGUGAAGUAGAACUACACAAGGGAGAUACACAAUACAGAUGUGUUUUUGGAUGCAAAGAGCUAAAUGUUGAGAGACAAUCUAUUGGUUCUCAUGGGUAUUACUCAUUACACUUUGGCCCAGAAUAGCACCUGUUUUACCUUCAUAAACUCCCCCCCAAAUCUUAAUAAAUACGAAAUUCCAUUUUAAUCAGAAUAGGACUAGUGAUGAGUAUGUGGAAGAAAGUAACUGUUGUCUUUAUCCUCAGGUCCUAAGCCAGGUCCAGGUCCCAAUCCUCCAGUACCUACUAAGAAGCCAUCACCAACAACAACUUCAUCCCCUACUACAACCACCACUACCACCACCACCACAACCACUGCUGGUACUGACCCCGUGGACCCAACACAAGACGCCUGUAAAGUAAAAAUAUUUGAUGCCAUUGCAGAACUGCAGGGAGAGCUUCACUUCUUCAAGGACGGGUAAGCAAUGGGGUUGACAAAAGACAAACAAACUUACGUUGGCAUCAAAGACAUGUAAAAACAAAAUAACCCCCUGUAGUUGUUGUUUAUAACCCAUCAUCCUGGAAAUGUAGUAUUCAAGUUAAAUUAUAAAGUCAGCCUGUUAACUAUCUUGUUAGUUAACCUAUUCUCAUUGUAUUUUACAGACUGUAUUGGAAAGUGUCUGCCAAAGGACGGGGUCCUCCUAAAUCUCCACUCCGUAUCGCAGAUACAUGGCCUGCUCUGCCUGACAACAUCGACACUGCGUUUCAGGAUCCCACCACCAAGAGAAUAUUCUUUUUUGCCGGUAGGUAUAUUGCAGUCCAAUAUGCACAUCUGGCAUAAUGUAACCUGUAACUGCUGUUACAAAUGUACCAUUUUAACUAUUUCUCUAAAGCCUACACUAUUAUUAAAAAAUGUAUAAAGUAGCACAAUACACUCAUGCAUUAGCUGCAUCGCACACUCUGUUGCCUUGGUAGCAGGAAAAUAUUUGCUAUAAUUUACUUUGCUUAGUCAUAUCCAAAACUGGUGCUGAAACCUAUGUUAUAUAUAUAUGUUUUCAAGGCAUCUUCUAAAUUUGAAACAAUAUGGUAUACUAGUUGUCUGUGACUUGAAAUGCUGUUUGGAUAUAGUAGUUUAUUUAAACAUGUACCUUUUUGCAGGGCGCAAAUUCUGGCAAUAUACUGGUAACAGUGUUCUGGGCCCACGCAGUAUUGAAAAGCUGGGUGUGGACAAGGAUGUCCAGGCUAUCUUAGGAGCUAUUCCCAGAAAUAAUGGAAAGGUGCUGUUAUUUAAUGGGGAGAGAUACUGGAGGUGAGUAAAAAAGAAACAGUACUUAAGAAUCAUGUUUAGUAAAAGAUGUGACAGGAUCAGCACAAAGGCGACCUUAGGAAGUUGCCUAAAACCCAUGGGUUAGACAGGGGCUCAAGAACAAUUAAUUUACUUGGUCCCAUUAACCAUUCCUAUGUGAAGAAUACAAGAGGAGCCACACUGGUAACUUGCCUAGGGCUCCGAAGGAUCUUCAUUCUUCUCUGUAUGGAAUCGUAGACUUCAUUGUGUGAUUAGAGGAUAUUUAAUAGUCACUACAUGCAGUGAUAGUUCAGAACUGUAGGAUUCAAUAUACAUCAAGGAUAAAUUACAGUUUUGUUUUUAAAACUAAUAAUUUUGAUGUGUAGACUGGAAAUUUAGAGAUAGAAGCAGGUGGGAACAAACGUAUACAAAGUUAGAGAGGAACUGUGGCAGAUCCUUGUUCUUACGCCCUGGUUUAGUUUAACGCAGGGUUGAUAAUGAAAAAGAAGAAAGUAAAAGAAACCCACAUUCGCUGCUGCUGCCCAAUGAUGCCUCUUGUGUGCUGUGAUGAGAAAUGCAAUGCUGUACGUGCUGUACAUGCGCAUGCUCUUUAAAUAUAAUAAUAUAUACACUUUGAGUUUCUUUGCCCAGCAAGUCUUGCAACUUAGAAUAAAAUAAUAUAUAAGGAAUUUUCAAAAAUGUUUGCGCCACCAGCAGCUAACUUCUAGCGAUGAGAUGAUCUAACCAUUUUCUUCCUGUUAACAGACUAGAUGUGAAGGCACAGACUGUGGAUAAGGGAUACCCAAGGAAUACAGAUGAUGACUUUGCUGGUGUUCCAAGCGACUCACAUGACAUUUUCCUAUAUGGAGGUACUUAACUAGACUUGUAUAUUAAGUAGACAACAGCGUAACAAUUACUGCUUAAGCAUGACCUGAGAUGAGACAAUGAGCUCCUCAAAACAUGCCAAUAAAUGAUGGCUAAUGUCCGGUCAUUAAUAAACCCAUUCAUUUUAAAACUUUUCUUUGAACAAUCUAUAGUAAAUUAAACUAGAAAAUUGUGCUGUAGACCUGCCGAUCCAAACACUUGUGUAGACUUCAUCUGGUGACCCACCUAUGACCAAUACUGAAGUGAACAGUACAAAAUUAUAUAGCACUUAUUUAUUAUAUUUGUAUUUGUUUGUAUGUAUAUAUUAAAAAAAAAUAUAUGGGCACUCACCUAAUCCUUGGGAUACAUUAACAUGAGCGUUAACGCUUUGGAACUGAACCCAGUCGUUUCUCUAGGAUAUCCACACACUCACACACGCAUAAUGCUAAUUAUAUUUGUAACUGUAUCUUUCAGGUAAAUAUCACUUCUGCCAGGAUCGCUUUUUCUGGCGCAUGACAUGGCGCAAACAAGUGGACAAAGUGGGAUACGUUAAAUAUGACCUCCUGCGCUGUCCAGAGCAUUAA